AUGAAUCAUACGGAACCAUCAACGGCUGACGCUACGAAAACUCAUAACACGCAUCAUGAAAUGAAAAAUCUCGAAUAUCUUCUUUUCCGGGAAUUCGACCUCGCUACCUACCCACGGCCUAUACGUAGACAAAAAGAGAUAACCUCAAUAACUCCUAAUAACCCUAAUGAUCCUAGAUCUCCGUUCUACAAUGAAGAUGGUGAACCCAUCAACCCGAUAGCAAAGCUGCACUUCACGAGGCAGAGGGUAUAUGAGAAACCAUGUGAAAUUCUCGAAAAUGAAGAUGAAGACCAUACAGAUAAUAACCUCGAGCUUUCAGGUGAGCAAUCUUGGCGGCUGAUGGUGGGACGGAUAAUGUGA